AUGUCUACUAUUCAACAAUAUAUUGUAAAUGCUCAUUACAAUGGGAGUGUUGUUGUAUCUGAUGAAGUGGGUUUGAUCUUUGGAAACACUGACGUAAGUCGUUUUAGUGUUAAUAAAAGAUCGUCAUUCCAACAUUUUAAAGAUAGGGUAAAGAUGAAGAUGCAAGCAGAAUCAGUUACACAGAUUACAUACAGAAAUGAUGUCCAUUUCGGGGACCAUCACUUUAAAUUUAUUCCAUUAAAGGUUCGUAACGACGAGGAUGUUGAAACGAUAUUCUCGAAUCAUGAACGUUUUGGGUUUCCGUACAUUGAAUUAUAUAUAACAUUUGAACAUUGUCAAGAAACUCAAAAUUUUCAGGUCAUCAAUGCAUUCGUAGAGGAAACGCCAACCAUAAUUCCACACGAAGAUGUUAAAGAAGAAGACGACGAAGAAGAAAAUGAGGCACAAGUUUAUGAUUUAUAUACUACUUUGUUUGAGGAAGGAAACAGUGUCAACGAAGUCAACAGAGAUGAACAACACAUUCCAAUUGGGAAUGUAUUAUGCCCACUGGCUCAUAUGACAAACUUGCCGCUAAAUGUAGAAGGAACGUCAUUUGAAUGGCCACGGAAUCCUCAUAUUCUAAUGGAGGGUGACAUAGAAGUCGCUAACCAAUUUAAAAAUAAAGCUGACUGUGUGCUUGCCACUAAGCAAUAUCACAUGAAGCACUGCAUGGAUUAUAAGGUGACGGAUUCCGACAAGAAGAGAUACAUAAUUUGUUGCAAAAAUGAUUCAUGCAAGUUUCGUCUAUUGGCGUCCUACCGAAAAAGAAGUGACUUGUGGGAGAUAGGCAUUAUGAACUCACCACAUAGUUGUUCAACAACUAUGUUUAACCAGGAUCAUCAAAAACUAACCUCGUAG